UCUAAUUGCUCUUUUCGGUUUUCACAUGCUUUAGAAUAGAUUGAUAGCUGGAUAUACUUAAUGGAUGAAUCCAGAAAAAGAAAACCAAGUGACGAAAAUUUGUCGGAAGGGCCGGCAAAGGCGGGGACAUCGGGUGAGAAUGCCAAGGGCGAACUUGCAGUCUUUGAGGCAUUCCAGGAUAUUGGAGAAAAAACACUCCAGUCUUUACCAACUUCGAGCCUGAAAUUAGCUCCUGGAACGAAUGUAACAUUUGUGAAACAAAAUCUUCAAUAUGUUGUCAAAGGAGAUCAAGUAACAGCAAAGAAUCUCAUAUCAGGUUCCUCCAACAUCGAGGUGGUGAAUCAAGAAGGUUCAACUGAAUCAGGCUCUAAAUCUGAAGAUCCAAACCCAAUCCCAGAUUCUGUUCAACUGAGUGAUUCCAUCUUUUUGCUCCAUAAAGAAAAAAUUAACAAAUUAGGAAAUGUCUGUAAGGGUGUACAAAUACAUCACGAUUUCGGCAAAACUCCCAUUGCUAUCAAAAGUAUUAGUCAUUCCGAGAAAAAUGAAAUGGAGGCAAAAAUCCUUGUUAAGCUUUGCCCUCACCCUAAUGUUGCCCAAGUUAUUAAAUCUGGGGUUUAUGAUGUCGGUCAUUUGAAGUACAUCUAUAUUGCCAUGGAAAUUUGUGGCACUCAAAAUUUGACACAGUACAUGAAAAGUAGGAAAGAGAAACAAAGUCCCAUUGUUAAAUUGAGGCAAAUACGCCAGCUUGUGGACGGCAUUGUCCACAUUCAUAAAAAUGAAGUCAUUCAUCGUGAUUUAAAACCUGAUAAUAUACUGUUUUCGACCGAUGAAAACUAUCUUAAAAUCAUAGAUUUUGGACUCAGUAAGCAAAUGACCAGUGGUAGAUCUGUUACUAAUUUAAGCACUUUACGUGUUGGCACUGAUGGCUGGAGGGCCCCAGAAACCUACAACUCAAACGUAAUUUCCAAAGCAACUGAUGUUUACUCCCUGGCCCUUAUUAUACAUUUCAUUGAGACUGAUGGGCAUCACCCAUUUGGUGAUGACCCAGAUGAAUGGAAUGCUAAUAUCAAGAAGAAUCGUGGGUUGGAUUUGAGCAAACUAGAGGCUGACAGUGAGAUAUAUCGUUUGCUAAGAUGGAUGCUCAGCUCCAAACCGCAAGACAGGCCAACUGUGGAUGAAGUCCAGAAGCAUAAGUACUUCGGAGGGGAGGUUGCUGGUCCAAGUUCUGCUGUCAACAAAGAGAGUCAAGAGAUUGAAGCAAGAAUGGAAAAAAGACGCCGGGCAAUAGAGAAAGAAUAUUCUGAAAAAAUCAAGGCCCUGGAAGAAGAAAUGAAGCAAGAAAAGGAUGAGGUGGCUCGGAAAGCACAGCAAGAAGAGCUUAAUAAGUUGAUGGAGAUGAUGAAUGACACAGAAUAUUUGUACUAUGAAGACUACUCACCAGACUACUCACCAGAUUAUGAUUGGUUGUAUGAUGAUGAUGACAUGGGUCAGUUUAUGCAAAAUAUGGAUUUCUGA